AUUUAUCGAAGAGUUUUUCUUUUUUUUAAAUAUCUGCCAUGGAAGACUGUUGGGCUGGAAAAAUAAUUUUAACUGCUCAGACUUUAGCCCAAAUAAGAGCGGUGGUGCAGUAUUUCCUUUAUAAAGAUGAUCGUUGGUGGUUGCGUUCAUGUUGUAGCAUCCACUCAUGUCGAGCAAUAAUGGAAAGACGAAAAUAUCGGAUCAAAGUCCCGACAGGAAUUAAGUCCAGACAUAGCCGAGUAAAGUCAUUCUUAAAUUUCAAGAAUCUAACCAAUGGAAUCGUUACGCUGUACUGGGUUGAUUUCGAUGGAAACGCUAAAACAUUUGCGAAGCUGAAUCCGAUGAACAGAUGCGAUAUCGGAUUUCUUGUCGAAACUUAUCGAAGUCACCCGUGGAUUGCAACGAGAAAUGGAAGGGUACAAGUUCUCCUCAAUGGAAAAAGAUACUUUUUCCCACCAUCGAUGAACGAGUGGUCGAAAACUGUUAAUGGCCAUUUGAACAAUAAAUGGAAUUUGUCGUCACAAAGAGAUCAUACGGAAGCAUCUACGAACAGUGAACAGAAUUACAAAGAGGUGCUGAUAACAAAUGCAGGAUGUAUGUCGUUAGAACAACUAAGCUUGUUGCGCUGCUGCGAAAUUUAUCAAACGGAUGAAAAAAUUGGAGAGUUAGAGAUUUCAAAAUAUUUGAAGUCGAAGAUGAACGCAACAAAAACGAAGUAUUUUUUAACGUGACCGAAUUUAUAGUAAGUUUGAGAGGUAUGGUAUACGCUAUUGCGAGGGAAGGAGGGAGAUAUAAACUUAUGCAUAGGAUAAAUUCUUAGAAUAUACAUUUUAAAAACAAUAUCAGAGCUUGUAAUGUAUUGUAUCUAAAAAGACAUGAACUCCAUCAUUGUUUUGAAUAUACCUGAUUUGUACAAAUUUUCGCGCCUUUAAAUUUUCACGUCACAAACAAAGUAGUUUUUUUAAAAGAUAAAAAAUUGUCUAAAUUUUAUCAGUCAAAGUGUCGAAAUUUUGAGAGGGUAAUAGAAAAUUUAGGCUGACGAAGAUUUGGCCUGGUGAAUAUUAUUGUACAAAGCCAAAGUGCAUUAAUUAUAUAGUUUAUUUUGUUCAAUGAGCAAUAAGUUUCUGGCAAUGGUGGUAUGUCUGUAAAUCCAAGUAUAACGCUUUUUUGCCAUUCUAAAAAUUUGGCCCUAAAAUGACGAUAAUUUGGGUCGACAAAGUUUUUGAGCCAAUAAGUUAGAAAUUCAAAAAAAUAAUUUUUCCGUCAAUUACGAUUUAUUCAUUUUCGGGCUUGUCCCUGUUUGCAAUUACUACACUUUUUUAUAAACAAUUGAUUUUUGACACGCCUCAAAAAAUGUUUAGCUAUUGCUUAGUUGGGGAUAGCUAAUUCUUUUUCUCAAAGUAUUUCAAAUGAGUCAAAAAACGACUCAGAAAAUUUAAAAUUUGCAAAAUAUCCAUUCAAAGUUUCACUGAAAGUUGAAGUUGCAAGAGUUUUUAUUCUGACAAACUAUACUUAGAACUUAAAUUCACACUAUGGAAAUUGUUUAUAAAAAAAAUAGUGUAAUUGUAUUCACUUUCGGGCCUGAUUCAGAUUUUUGUGCAAAUCCAAAAAAUUCCUACCUUAAGGUAUUUUCAUUAAAAUUUUAGACAACGCUCCUAGCAAACCGAGUACAUAUCUUACUGGAUAAGUAACUAGAUGUAUAAAUUUGAGAUAUCUUUGUAAAUAUAUUAUUUCUUGUUAAAUAUUAAUAUUCUUGUUGUAAAGAUAAGUUAAAUAUUAAACAGGAAAUCACUAUUCUUUUUGUGUGGUUUUUUUAUUCGGUAAAUCUUUAAACAUUUCAAUCCUCUUUUUUUCGACGGCACAUCAAUUAUAGCGAAAAGAAUUCAACAGAUGGAGAGCUGCAAUUAACGAUCAACAAUUUGGAUCUACCCCCUUUUUUGGACAGCUUGUGUACAAAAUAGCACAAAUUUGUUGAUUAAUACAUCAAGUAGUUUGCCAUAUAUUUUGUAGGGACAGCUGUAUCGAUUGUAAAAGAAAUCGUACACCAAAAAACUGAUUUUUCUACUUUCGGAUCAGUUCUAAAAAUGUAUUCUUGCUGUAAAACAAUAAUUUUACAAAUUUUAUUAAUAGAUUGUGUUUUUUUAAUAUUUCAUUUAUUUAUUUCUAUAUUUAUUUGUAUUAUUUACUGGUUUGAUUUCAUUCUAUCAUUUUUUUUGCGGCAUAAGUGUUGCCGAAAUGUUUGGUGAAAACCAUAGAUCGAUAUAAAGAAAUUAGCACAGAAAAUAAAUUAGCUGCAUUAGCUAGA